AGUGUUAGCUGUGAGGAUGCUAGGAGACUGCAAGGUGAUUUGGAUAGGUUGGGUGAGUGGGCAAAUGCAUGGCAGAUGCAGUAUAAUGUGAAUAAAUGCAAUGAGACCUGGGUGUCAUGGUACACCAGUCAUUGAAAGUAGGCAUGCAGGUGCAGCAGGCAGUGAAGAAAGCGAAUGGUAUGUUAGCAUUCAUAGCAAAAGGAUUUGAGUAUAAGAGCAGGGACGUUCUACUGCAGUUGUACAGGGUCUUGGUGAGACCACACCUGGAGGAGAUAUCAGGAGAUAUUAUUCUAUUGUGAAAAUGCUUUUUAGUAUUUGUGCAUAAAGUCAAAAUAUAUUUUCGAUGGCUAUGUUUCUUAUUAUGAUUACCUUUGCAGCUGACAGCUAAAAAAAAUCAAAAUGUUGAGAGUUUUUUUAAAGGCUCGCACAAUGAGGGCAAGUGAAUUCGAUUCUUCAGAUGAAGAUUUCGAGGAAGAGCACUCAAUACCACUCCAAGUCUCUUGGUUGGGAUUAGCAGUGGUGAAUUGCCAGCAGUUCCUUGGAAUCUGUGCUUUGCCCGGUUGUAAAUUUAAAGAUAUCAGAAGAAACCUUCAGAGAGAUUUAGAGGACCUCAGGAGCCACAAUGUGCAAAAUGUGUUUGUGCUCUGCACCAAGGGAGGAAUGGUAAAGUACAGGGUUCCAGGCUUGUUAGAAUCCCUCCGGCAGAAGGGAUUCACGGUGAAUCAUUAUCCUUUUCCUGAUGGAAGUGUUCCAGAUAUUGCUAGCUGUUGAAAAAUUCUGGAAGAGUUGAGAAUCUGCUUGGAAAAUGACAAGACGACCCUUAUCCAAUACAACUACUCACAUGAUUUUCGGGAUAACGUGGCAACGUACUUGGCAACAAAGGAAGACUCAGCAGGCCGCUCAGUGUCGAGAUAA